AUCUAUUUUCUCAACGGGCGCCACUCCAUAGUCCAGUCUAUCCUUUACGCUCUGAUCAGUAAUGCUGUCCUGUCCACAGCAGCACCUCUCCCUCCAUUUCCACCACCGCAAGAACCAUCAUUCUACCACCAUUACCUUCCACAUCUCUUCCUGCUCCACAACUAGUGGCUCCAUUCCCUCUAAUGAGCCAAUCCUCCGGACCCACAACUCAAAGUCCUCAACUUUCCUUGUCCACCACUUAAAACAGCAACAAAGCCAACUCCAAAAUGGAGUGUUUUAUCCACAAGAAGGAAAAAAUCAAGAUGCAAUUUCACAAGAAGAAAAGGUAAAGCUGUUAGAAUUAACCCUUGUUACCAAGAAACGUAUCCCUCGAUUCCCAGGUUCAAUCUUUCCUCAAUUCCCUCGGCAAAACAACUCCCCUCUGGAUACCCUUUUCGACAAAGAUAAUGAUAAUGAAGAAGAUAAAGAAGAAGAAGAAGAACUAAUAAUAAAGGCAAUUGAGAUAAGGAGAAAAGUAACUGCUGAGAUUUUUAAAGAUGUUUUGAGGAGGAAAGGGAAGUUUGGAAUUACUUAUUCUACUAAUUUGGUCAAUAGAUUAAAUGAUUUUAUUGAUUUUAUUAUGAUUCAAGCUGCUGCUUUGAAGAAGUUGCCUGAGUUUGAGUCUUUGAGUUUCAAUGCUAGAGCUAGGACUAUUAUCGAAGAGUUGGAUGUUGUGCCACUUAUCAGGUGGCUUAAACACAAUGGGCUAUCAUAUCCUAAGAUUGCCAAGGUCAUAUGUGCAACAAGAGGAAAUCUAGGGUCCAUCAGACGCCUGGCCGACUGGUUGAAAUCAAUUCAUGUGAGGGGGGAAUUUCUUGGGGUUGUUCUUACGAAAGCAGGAUAUAAUAUUUUAGAAAGAAGUGACGAAGAACUAAGUGAAAUUGUUGAGUAUCUAGAGAGCAAUGGAGUGAGGAGGGAUUGGAUGGGAUACGUGAUGAGUCGUUGUCCUCAACUACUGUCAUACAGCCUGGAACAAGUCAAAACUCGAGUUAGGUUCUAUUUGGAUAUGGGUAUGAAUGAGAAGGAUUUGGGCACUAUGGUUUUUGAUUGUCCUAGGGUACUUGGCUACUUUACUCUGAAAGAAAUGAACCAAAAGGUUAAUUAUCUUAAGGAGUUUGGCCUCAAUAAUGAAGACGUUGGAAGGCUAUUAGCAUUUAAGCCAGAAUUGAUGUGUUGUAGCAUUGAGGAAAGAUGGAAGCCUCUUGUUAAGUAUUUAUACUACCUCGGGAUUUCCCGAGAUGGUAUGAGGAGAAUUCUCACCAUUAAACCAAUGAUUUUUUGUGUUGACUUGGAACAAACUAUAGUACCAAAGGUAUGCAACUGCUGGUUGUUCGACGCUGGUGCUUCAGCAUUGUUAUCGCCACAUGUGCGGUUUUUUAAAGACAUAGGUGUUAGAGAGGAUGCUGUUGGCAACAUGCUUGUAAAAUUUCCUCCAUUAUUAACAUACAGCCUCUAUAAGAAAAUCCGGCCAGUGGUCAUAUUCUUGAUGACAAAAGCUGGGGUCAGUGAGAGAGAUAUUGGGAAGGUGAUAGCUUUGGGACCAGAGCUUUUGGGAUGCAGCAUAGCCCACAAGCUUGAUUUGAGUGUCAAAUAUUAUCUCUCGCUGGGCAUAGGUCGUCGUCAGUUGGGUGAGAUGAUUGCUGAUUUUCCUAUGCUACUCCGUUACAGUAUAGAUCUCCUACGUCCAAAGUAUCGUUACUUGAGGCGAACUAUGGUCAGGCCUUUGCAGGAUCUCAUCGAGUUUCCGAGGUUCUUCAGCUACUCCCUUGAUGGACGGAUAAUUCCAAGGCACAAAAUUCUAGUAGAAAAUCAAGUCAAUUUUAAACUACGGUACAUGUUGGGUAGCAGUGAUGUAGAAUUUCAAAACAUGGUUGAGGCUGCAGUUGAAAGGCGCCGAAGAUUUGAAUCUGGCAUCAUGAAUGUUAAUCUAUCGAAUUCUCGAGUUGAUGCUCAAACCAAUCUUCAAAUAGCUGACGACCCUGCAGAAGAGGAAAAAGUUGCUCAAUGAUAAUGAUACCUUAAAACAGGUGACAAUGUUAAGCAGAAUUCAGAAAGGUGUUGCAGCUCAGGAAACUCGCUGCUUCCUGUUUAUAUGUACAAUUCAUUCAAUGUACAUAUCUUUAUUCUUGCUCAAAAAAGAGAGAAAAUCUUGAAUAUGAAAAGUUAAAGAUUCAUAUAUUAAUCAAGUUUAUCUGA